GUUCAGUCCCCUGUGUUUUCCUGUCUAGGUUGAAACAUCAGCAGAGUCAUGAUCCUCCGUGUGGGACUCUGCCUUGGCCUCACUGCUGAGAUGGUCCAACAGUUGAAGGACAAUGGUGUCAAAACAGUGAUGGAUCUUGUCUCGACAGAUCUGGAACUGAUUGCCCGGAAAUGUUCUUUAUCUUACAAGGCCUUGGUUGCUGUUCGACGUUUGUUGCUGGCUCAGUUUUCUUCCUUCCCUGUCAACGGUGCUGAUCUUUAUGAAGAGCUCAAGAGCUCCACCGCCAUCUUGUCUACAGGGAGCAAAAGUUUAGACAAGCUUCUGGAUGGCGGCUUGUACACUGGGGCGGUGACAGAGCUCACGGGAUCACCUGGGAGUGGUAAAACUCAGGUGUGCCUCCACAUUGCGGCGAAUGUCUCUGAAAGCCUCAAGCAGGGUGUCCUGUAUAUCGAUUCCACGGGGGGGUUCACUGCCACUCGCUUGCUGCAGCUACUCCAGGGCAGGACGGAGGCUGAGGAAGGACAGGUAGAGGCACUUCAGAGGAUCCAAGUUACUCGCGUGUUUGAUGCCUACAAGCUGCUGGAUGUCUUGCACGAGUUCCGGAGUACCGUGGCUCAAGAGGUUAUAAUUGCAUCUGCACCAGUGAAAAUUCUAGUGGUAGACUCUGUUUCUGCUGUGAUUUAUCCUCUCCUGGGAAGCCGGCAGCCUGACGGCAUGGCCCUCAUGAUGCAUGUGGCUCGGGAACUGAAGACCCUGGCCAAGGAACUCGGAGUGGCUGUUGUGGUGACCAAUCACGUGACUCGAGAUGCCAGCAGUGGGCAAAUCAAACCAGCACUGGGUCGUUCCUGGAGUUUUGUGCCCAGUACUCGUGUGCUCUUAGAGAACAGCAAGGAACCUUGUGGGAAAACCAGUGGCUGUCGAAUUGCGUCCUUAACAAAAUCUCCUCGGCAGCCAGUGGGGAUUCAGGUGGAUCUGGACCUUGAGAACUGGGAACCAGUGGAAGGCGCUUGUUAACACCUGGAGAAGGACUGUAAUGGAAGGUGCUCACAGGUGUGGUUUUUAAGCCAGUUGGUAGCCUGCUUGGAGAGUGACUCUCUUGCAUCUCAGAAACUGCAGGUUGCAGAUGUCAGAGUGGAGAGGGAUGGCCCAGAAGAACAGGAAAGGAGAAGCUUUUCUCUCUUUUGUCUUUGUGCAUUGGCUCCCCUCACCGGCUGGAAAUGGCUGUAAUUACACCCACUUAAGCUGCAGUGCUUGGGUUCAAGUAAGUGGUAGCCUGCAGCCAAAGUGAGACAUUGGUUUUCUCACUUUGAGCAUGCAAAAAAGCCCAAAGAAAGAAAGAAAGAAAGAAGACACCCAUACUGGAAAAUUGCCUGGAGCUGUCAGACAAGUUAGGUGGAUGCAGAAUGCUUUUCAGGCUGGAUAUUCCUCCAUAUCCAAGGGAUUAAGACUCUGCAGAUGAUAUUUCUGAGCAUGGAUGUGACUGGACCCUGUGUGUUCCUCCGAAUGGCUGCUGUGAGAAGGUGGCGAUCUAGAUUUAGAAAAGUCCAUCCAUCCAUCAGGCGUCCCUACAGCUUUUCCUUGUAAUUGGGAGCAAAUGAGUAUUAUGAAGGACAGAAGUUUCUCCCCUCAGUCACUUUGGGUUGUAGUGGAUGGAUGUGCUGUUUUCCCUAUGAAUUUUGUUUCUGCCAUGAUGUUAUGUGUUCCCUGUCUUUGCAUUUUACUGUAUUUUUGUUUGUACUGGAUGUGCUUAUUUAUAUCUUAACAUUUGUAAAACUUAUAUUUCUGGAACUUAAGGAUGUGUGUGUGGUGUAUUAUAUAUGUAUAAUUUCUUCAGUAUUUUAAUAUUUAGUAAAAUUCCAGGCCCUUGAGCUGGCUUUCAAUAAAAAUGUAAUGCUGGUUGCAAUAAUGGCAUAAUGAUAUUUUGUUGUUAAUUGCUUAAAAAUGGUAGUCAAUGAAAUGAGUUCACAGCACUUAGUCUGCCUUCGUUUUAGACACGAGACUUGUUCCAAUUAAAAUAAUUUAAACCCAGAAA